CUACGUAUCGUAUGACAGCUGAGUAGACUGAUGCAUAAAAUUAUAACUUUUUUUUUGUAAACAACAAUCAAAAUCAUGUCCGACUCAAUAGACAUAGAGUCGUACUGUCGCGUAUGCCUACAGCAAAAUGAAACAAAUUUAUCCAUUUACGAUGAGGUUCAGGAGUUCAGCAUGAGCAUCUGUGAUUUGUUAAUAUUUUACGGUGAAAUGACGAUAAACGACAAGGACGUUUAUCCGAAAAUAAUUUGCGAUGAAUGCUUAAGGGAGCUGCUGGUUGUUACCAAAUUCAAAGAAAAAGUCAAACUCGCCGAGCACACAUUAGGCCAGUUGAUCACAGCGGACGACAGGACCAGCAAUUGUGACGAGGUGAUUAUAGAAGAGACGGAAGACAGCGAGAUCGAUGGAUACGUCACGAUCAAAAGAGAGAGCGAAGCCUAUGUACCAGAGGAAGAAGUAGUAAACACCGGGUCAUACGAAGAGGUGGAAUUUCUGGAUUUGAAUGGACCGACGGAAACGCUAAACACUGUGCAAUAUGUAACCGUUGGUAAAUGCGACGAUGAAUUCAUCGAUGAAAUUAUCGAGGAAUGCAGUGUAGACGAUAGUGACAUUGUGGAAACGAUUGUCAGUGAUACAACAGAUACUAUCAAUAGAAGUGCCGUGAAGCAGAAAUCGCCAUCGAAACAAACGCCACAGCAUCUGAGUCCGAGUGAUUCGAAAGUAAUCAUCAACUUCAAUUGUGCCUUCUGCGGAGCAGGUUUUAUGCAUUCGAGUAAUCUAAAGAAACACAUGCUGACGCACCGCUCGGAGACAUUCGAUCUGCAUGCAACCGAUCUGAAUGACCAAAUGAAAGUCGAAGAACCAGCCGAACCACAGAUCGUGACGGGGAAAAUUUCAAAGAAAAACAUCGUCAAGCCGCAUAAAUGCGAGCUAUGUGACCGGGCGUUCGUUUCUAGAUCGUUGCUCUCUUCACACAACAGGACUCAUACUGGCGAGAGACCUUUUGCCUGCAACCAAUGCGAAAAGAAUUUUGCUACACAAGGCGGACUGGAUUUGCAUACGAGGCGGCAUUUGGGACUGAAAAAUUACGUGUGCAACAUCUGUGAUCGUCGAUUCGUAGAAAGUUCCAAUUUGAAAGUUCACAUGCGAACACAUACAGGGGAACGACCUCAUCGCUGUAAUCGUUGUAAUCGUAGCUUUUCUCGAGUAUUUCUCCUGCAAAUUCACCAAAGAACGCAUACGGGUGAACGACCGCAUCAGUGCCCGAUUUGUUUUAAAGGAUUUGCCCAACAAGGCGAUCUAUCCGCCCAUAGACGCAUACAUUCAGGAGAACGACCGCAUCAGUGUGGGAUUUGUUUCAAAGGGUUCAUCAAGAGCAGUGCAUUAACAUCACACAUGAAGCGGCACACGGAUAAAACAGUCUACGAUUCCAGCAAUACGAGUAUGACAAUCGUCAAAUAAAUUGAAAUGGAGUUUUGUUUGAAUCGUGUCUUUGCUACGGGAAAAUAAAUUAUUUUACACACC